AUGACAUAUGUACGCAAGGGCUCAAAGACAAGGGCACAGCAACACCGGUCUGUGCAAAGCAGGGAUCUGCUAUGGGUCAGUGUAAAUGGCUGCCACAUUCUCAAUGUGUACAGACAGCCUGAGACAGACGCAGUCAUGGACUAUCUGACCAAUCUGAGCCCACCAGCCCGCUGUCUGAUAGGUGGGGAUAUCAACGUACGGCAUGAUGCCUUUGAACCAGGGGCAGUGAAUCUGCACCGGGGCGGGGAGCUUGUCCAAUGGGCCAGUGAACAUGGGAUGGACUUUGUGGGAGAGAUAGGGGUUCCGACUCAUGCAGCAGGUCAUGUGAUUGAUCUCACCUUCUCCAAUGUGGCCUUUGCUUCCACUACAGUGCGUCAAGAUCUACACUGCGGCUCAGAUCACCAGUCUAUGAUCACUAUGCUGCCAACAACACCUCAAACACAGCUGAGUGAUGCUCGGAUCAAGAUCACAGACUCUCAGCUGGAGCCCUUUGCAGAUCUUGUCAGAGGUCUCAUGGUGGACAUGCCUUGCCCAGAGGGGGUUGGAAAUGUGGCACAGCUUGAUGAUCUGGCCCAGCACUUCACUCAGAGUCUUCUGGCUGCAGCUCAGGCAGUCAGUAAGCCAGCUCAACAAGGGCGGACCACAGCCCCCUGGUGGACAGCAGACUGCCGAAGAGCGCACCGAGAGCUCACCACUCACCAGACAGAGGCCGCGAAGCACCAGUUCAAGGAUGCAGUGCGCAAGGCCAAGCGUGCAUACUGGAGGCAGGUGAUCAAUGAGGCCAGAGAUGGUAGAGACCUGUACCGGGUGGUGGCAUGGCAUAAGCUGGAACCCAACCUCAGAGCACCCCCUCUGGUGAUUGGGGAUCAGGUCAUAGAAGAGACAGCCGCCAAAGCUGAGGCACUUCAACAAGCAAUUCUGAAGCGAUACAACUCAGCUGAUGAUCUGGAAGCACCUCCCCAGGCACGGAUGGAAAUCACAGUGCGGAUGCUCAAAGCAUGCUGGCAGCAUGUGUCCCUCUUUAUACAGCAGCUAUACAACUGCUGCCUCCGGCUCUGCCACUUCCCACGAGCCUGGAAACUGGCAGAGGUGGCAAUGAUACCCAAGGUGGGUAAGAGAGAUAGAAGCUCAGUCCGCUCCUGGAGGCCCAUUGCCCUGCUUUCAGUAAUCUCCAAAGGGCUGGAACGCAUCAUUGCAAGGCGACUGGCGUACACGGCACUCAUUCACGGCAUAGUCAGCCCACAGCAUGGGGGGGCGCUGCCCAGACGAUCUGCAAUGGACCUGGUAGCUGCUUUCACUCAUGAGGUGGAGGCAGCCUUCGCACAAAACAAAGAAGUGUCCAUGGUCACAAUGGAUGUGCAGGGUGCCUUUGAUGCUGUGCUGCGCAGGCGGCUGCUUCAGCGGAUGGCGCAGCAGGGGUGGCCACGCGAGCUGCUGCAGCUCAUUGACAGUUUCCUCACUGAACGCAGAGCUCAGGUCCGGCUGGAGGGGACCACCACAGCAGCACAUCAGAUGCAAUGUGGCACGCCACAGGGGUCUCCUUUGUCACCAAUACUGUUCCUUCUGUACCUGGCAGAGCUGCUGUGGCAAAACUCGGAAUUGCGCUUUGGCUAUGCGGAUGAUCUGAACAUCUGGCGGGCGACCCACUCACUUGACAACAAUGCCACCCUUCUCAGACAGGAUAUACAGAGUAUUCUGAGGUGGGGGGAGAUAAACAAGGUGGCCUUCGCACCAGAGAAACUUGAGAUGAUCCAUCUUACAAGAAAGCGACACAAUGAGGCACCAGCAGUAGUUGUGUCUGAGGACCUCACUGUUCACCCUGUUACUGCCCCAGCUGGACAGGAGCCAGCACUCCGCUGGCUGGGUGUACACUUCGACAGAAGGCUCACCUGGAGACCACAUGUCUCCACCCGGGCAAAGAAGGCAAGGGCUGUAGCCCAGCACAUUCAGAGUCUGGGAAGACCAGAGACGGGCCCCCAGCAGAUGCUCUGCGGAAGGCGGUCACCAUCUGUGUGGUUCCCUCACUGCUCUAUGGCACAGAGGCCUGGUACGGCGGCCGCACGCAGCCAGCAAGGCACACGGGCAGGAGUGGGGAGAGGGGUCCUCCCAGUUUUCCGUACAACGCCCAUCGCUACCCUAUACCGGGAUGCUGGGCUCCCAUCAGCAAUGGUAGCUCUGGAGGAGGCCAAAAUUCGAUUCGCGACAAGGCUUCAGGUGGUGGAUGAGAAGCACCCACUGGCUUCACGGAUAGCACCUCCAAUGAUCACACGAGGAAGAGGGGCUGGAACCCGGCAGCGCUCAAAGACCAAGAUCCAGCGGUUGGGGGCGCUGCUACCUGCAGUCAAUAGACCCACACUUGCCAUCCCACACUACUCAGAGGGAUGCGGGACAGACCCCACAGAGGGUGUAGACAAAAAGAGUGCUGCUCAGGCAUUCAAGGAAUGGUGGAGAAGUCAACCCUCAACAGAUCUAUAUGUUUUCUCAGAUGGAUCAGAACGGAACCUUGACAACAGCAGGCAGGUGGGCUAUGGCUUCAUAGUCUAUCAGGGAAAUAAACAGCUGGCCAGCUUCUCAGCUGCGCUGAGCCCUAUGUCACAUGUCUUCGACGCUGAGGCAGUUGGUGCCUGCCGGGCAUUAGAGUGCGCCGUGAAGCUCCUACCUUGUGUCACAGAGGACAGCAGCAACCCUCAGAUCUGGCUCUGCCUCGACAACACCUCGGUCAUCUGGGGCAUACGGGGCAGUGCAGCAGCCUCCUCAAACUGGGCCUACAACCGCUGCCAUGAGCUCCUCAGACAGCACAAUGUCGGCCUGAAAUGGGCUCCUGGGCAUAUGGGGAUAGAGGGCAAUGAGGAAGCAGACCGCUUGGCUAAGCGGGCAGCCUCAUCCACUGCAGCCCCAGCCUAUGGUCUCGAGGCCACACCCACAGUCAGUGGGGUCCGCACAGUGGCCAAGCAGCUCAGCCAAGAGGCAAGGCGAAAGUGGUGGAGUGGAGCCUGUGGCAAGCUCUCUGACUGGUACCGGGGCUGGAGUUUCAGCAGGCCGACUGUGGAAUACCAGGUGAAGGCCCCUCCGGAGCUCACCAUGCCACGGCAUGCCCUUCACCGCUGGCUCGCACUCCGCUCCUCUCAUGGGGACUUCUCCUGGUACCACAGGCGUUUCCAGCAUGCAGAUGCGAGGCUCACCUGUGUCUGUGGACACAACAAGAGCCCAGAACAUUUGGUGCUCUGUCGACACUCACAGAGGCACUUUCUUCACUGGCCCAAGAGGCCAGCAGCACGGCCACACAACCGGGCGACGGCGUUUGCCUAUCUAGGGUCUCUGACCCCUACAGACUUUGUAGAACUGCUGGACUGCACGCAGUUCUACACACGGUACUGCACAAGGUAA